CCGGUUUGAAAUCUGAUUUCUCGCCCCCCCCCUCCACGUCUCCAAAAUAAUUUGGAGAAAAGGCUCUGCGCUCGCCCUCCGCGAGGGAGGAAAGAGAGACAGCAGGGGAGGCGCCGGAGCAGGCGACGUCGGCUGGGCGCGUGGCAUGAACCUGGAGGGCGAGCGCGGCAUCCACAGCACCAGCGAGGGCGGCGGCGGGAUGAGCUCGGUGAGCUGCGGCAACGGGAAACUCCGCCAGUGGCUGAUCGAGCAGAUUGACAGCGGCAAGUACCCGGGCCUGGUGUGGGAGAACGACGAGAAGAGCAUCUUCCGCAUCCCCUGGAAGCACGCGGGCAAGCAGGACUACAAUCGAGAGGAGGACGCCGCUCUUUUCAAGGCUUGGGCUCUAUUUAAAGGAAAGUUCAGAGAAGGCAUUGAUAAGCCAGAUCCCCCCACCUGGAAAACAAGACUGCGGUGUGCUUUGAACAAGAGCAAUGACUUUGAAGAACUCGUUGAAAGAAGCCAGCUGGAUAUAUCAGACCCCUAUAAAGUGUACAGAAUAGUACCAGAAGGAGCAAAGAAAGGAGCAAAACAACUUAGCAUGGAAGAUCCCCAAAUGAUUAUGAAUAAUACUUACGCCAUGAACUCAUCUUAUUCUGCACUACCACCUCAGGUGCCAAGCUACAUGGUGUCUCAUGACCGUAAUUGGAGAGACUAUAUGCCGGAGCAGUCACACCCCGAUAUCUCCUACCAGUGUGCAAGUGUUCCUUUUGCAGCUCGCAACCACCAUUGGCAAAGCCCAGCAUGUCAGAACGGUUGUCAGGUCACUGGAACCUUUUACGCUUGUGCGCCACCCGAGGCACAGACUCCUGGGAUCCCAAUAGAGCCGAGCAUAAGGUCUGGUGAAGCUCUUCCAUUGUCAGAUUGUCGGUUGCACAUCUGUCUAUAUUACCACGAAACUCUUGUGAAAGAAGUCACUACUUCAAGUCCUGAGGGGUGCAGAAUAUCUCAUGGCCAAAGUUAUGAGGUCAGCGGGCUGGACCAAGUUCUUUUCCCUUAUCCGGAAGAUCACAACCAGAGGAAAAUAACGGAAAAAUCCUUAAGCCACCUGGAAAGGGGAGUAAUUCUCUGGAUGACACCUGACGGACUCUAUGCUAAGAGACUUUGCCAAAGCAGGAUCUAUUGGGAUGGGCCUCUGGCGUUUUGCAACGACAGGCCUAACAAACUGGAAAGGGAGCAGACUUGCAAACUUUUUGAUACUCAGCAGUUUUUAUCAGAACUACAAGUAUUUGCCCACCAUGGGCGGCCGUUGCCUAGAUUCCAGAUUGUGUUGUGUUUCGGUGAAGAGUUUCCAGAUCCACAAAGGCAAAGAAAACAAAUUACAGCCCAUGUUGAGCCAAUGUUUGCAAGGCAGCUAUACUACUUUGCACAGCAAAACACCGGACCUUUUCUAAGAGGCUAUGAUAUACCAGAACAAGUCACCAGUUCAGAAGACUACCAUCGAGCUCUCCACCAUUCCUCUGUUCCAGAAUAAGCAUGUGAAAAUCGGUGCCUUGAAGCAUCAUGUUGGAUGUUAUGCAUAAUGCAAGAAUCGUUGGUUCACAGCUACAUGUUAUAAGUAAACGCUUGGAUUUCCCCUGGGAAAUGAACAACAACAACAAAGUUCAAAGAAUGGUUGUGGUCAAGCCUAAAAAUAUAUUACAAUGGGCACGUGGUCUCCUCCCUCCUUUUUUUGGAUUGCUGUACCUCAGAUUCUAACACUGGGGUUAGUAGUGGAAACUGACAAAAUACUUCCUAUGUUUACAUGUUCUUAAAGGGAGGCAGUGUCUUAUAGAUGACUUGAACUUAUUUCAGACUCUUAGUUAUUUAUUUGAAUAGAAAUCUCAGGGCAAGAAUUCCUAGACCGAAACAGCAGUUUACUUAAGAUAUAAUGGGGUACUCAAAAGCACAUUAUUCAAUGAAAUGGAAUUAUUCUGUAAUUUUUAUAAGUAUACUAUUUUGAAAACAUCUGUGUAGUCUUUAAAGAAAGUUGCAGUGUACAGGUGUAUGCUUUUUUAAGAACUAUAAUUUCUGACAUUUUUUCACGUUUUUAAAAAUGUAUAUUGUCGCUCUUUUGAAAAAUGGACAUGUGCAGCACAUCAGGAUUAUUCCUAGGAUAAAAUGUUUUAUUAUCAUGCUAUGUUAUUUAUACCAUUAUAUGUCAUUUUCAUAAAGCUCAUUUAAUGCUUAGUAAGCAGUCAAAGCUUCUUUCCAAUAACUGCUGGAAUUGCUGUGCAGUCCUAUACAGGCCUACCGAGAGCUCAGUAGUACAGUACAGUACUUGCUUCCAGGUAUGUAUGUAUAGUCCUGCAGCCUCAGGCAUUUUUUAAAAAAAACAAUUACCAAAGAGUGAAACACAUGUUUGCACAGGAUUUAAGAUGAAUCAGUGUUAAAUCUAUAUCCGAACUCACAAGCACACUAUAGUUUAAUUUGAGCCAUCUAAGCACUCAAAACAUUUUUUUGGACAAAUUCACAAUUGACUUUAUUGUCAGAAUUAUUUAUUCUGAGUGAUAAUGUUGACAGACAUUGGCAUUAAUUCAGGACAGAGUUAAGUGCUCCAGUUACAUAAGUAACUAUGUGACCACAAGUGAUUUCCUUUUUUAAUAUUAAUUUUUUUUGAAUUUCAAAAAACAAAACAAAAAAACAAUUCAAUGUCAACACACAUUUUCCUUAAUGGUUUGACUUCCCAUCCUUACCUCCAUGUUGUUUUUAUUUCCAUCACUAUUUUAUUUUUAAAAGUAAAGGAAGGACUGAAAUUUCAGGUUAUUGGUUAUUUGCUUGAUCAGACAUGUCAGUAUCAAAGCAGCAUAUUAUAAUGAGUCAUAGGAAAUAGUCAUCAAGAUCCCUUCCUUCCUAAAAAUCUAUUUGUAGGUGUGUGUUUUUUCCUGUAUUGAAGUAUUAAAAUUAAAAAUGUGUUCUACUUGAAUUUCUAAUCAGGGACAAAUUGUAUAUUUUUAUACAAUUGGCAGAAGACCCAUGUUCUAAACCCACCCCCACCCCCGAAUUUAUACAUCUUAAAGAUGCAUGAUGCCUUGGGAUAUAAUAUCCACUUUCUUCUCCUAAAUAGCCAGUCCCAUCACCUGGCACAUUUUCCCUGAUGUAUUUAGGCUGCAAUUGUUACCAUGCUUACUACAGAGUAAGGUCCAUUGACAUUGCA